ACGUGAUUGGCGUCAGGUUGGGUUACAUUUAGAGAUGAGUUCCUUCGGCAUAUGGAUCACAGCCUGCGCAAAGAAUACUGUCUGCCUAAUCCAAGGUCGUCACAAUGAGCUUGUACACGACCUCUUCUCCAGUGCUCUAUCUAGUAUUCCACAAUGUCUGGACAUCGUGUUCAGCGGAUCGGCUUUACGCGACUCUCUCGUGACGACUCGUCGCAGGGUAGCCCGCCGAAAGUCAGCAUAAUAUUCGUGCACGGUCUCCGGGGCCACCCACAGGCCACCUGGGUACACCGACAGACAGAAAUAAAUCAAAGAACUACCGAGGCAACGCGGAGGCGGGAUCGAUUCAAGGAAAUCUUUCGAUCUCAACAUGCCCCAUCGACCCCUACAAACUUAAUCGAGUCGAGUAUUAAUGAGACUCUGUUCUGGCCUCGGGAUUGCCUCCUCGAAGACAUACCAGAAGCCGAAGUAUGGACAUACGGGUAUAAUGCGGAUGUCAUUGGAGGUCUGUUCCAGGCCAAUAACCAAAAUAGCAUAUCCCAGCAUGGCCGAGACCUUGCUGUCAAGCUGGACCGACACAUUGAGGCCAAGUCGUCACCGCUGCCAAUAAUCUUUGUAGCACAUAGCGUUGGUGGAGUUGUCCUUAAAGAUGCAUUACGCCGAUCUAUGCUUAUCCAAUCAUGCACCAAGCUGGCCAUCUUUCUCGGUACACCUCAUCGAGGCAGUUCUUCUGCUGGCUGGGGUGUUAUCGCGUCUAACCUUGCCAAGCUUGCUUUUCAAGACUCGAACAAACGUAUCGUUCAGUCCUUGGAGCCGAAUAGCGAAGUCCUCGACAACAUUCACGACGAGUUCUUAAAGUUAUUACAUAGCGCUACCAUCAAGGUUCAUUCUUUCCAAGAGGCAAAGGCUAUGUCAGGGGUGAAAGGGUUAGAUGGAAAGGUCGUAGAUGACUAUUCUUCCAAAAUCGGUUCCCCAAUAUUCGAAACGGUGGAAAGUAUCGACGCGAACCAUAUGGAAAUAGCCAGAUGCACAUCUAGGACUGAUCCGCGAUAUGAAGCUAUCAUAGGAGUGAUCAAACAGUUUAUGCGUUCUGGCAUAUCGAGUGACCAUAAUGUUAGACUCCAGGAACUUCCAGCAACUCAGGUAGAGCGACAGGGACAUCUUGCUCUCGGCGAGGCAGCCUUAGUGCAAAAUACUCAUUCUCAUAGACCGUGCCAUUAUCUCCCAUUCUUGAAGAAUAGACGUUUCACUGGACGAAGAACCAUCCUUGACACGCUUGAAAUGAAGCUAUUUACACAGAAAGAGUCCCAAGUACUCACAAUUGUAGGAUUAGGCGGGGUUGGCAAGACCCAGAUUGCCCUACAGCUUGCCUACUGGGUAAAGGACAACCGACCCGAAUACUCUGUGUUUUGGGUGCCAGCACUAGGCCAUGCAAGUUUUGAGCAGGCCUAUGCGGAGAUAGCAAGACGACUAGAUAUACGGAUCAAGCCUGAGGAGGACCUAAAAGAGACGGUACGGCGAUACCUCGAAUCGGAUGCAGCAGGAAAAUGGUUUUUGAUUGUAGAUAAUGCCGAUGACACGGAAAUUGUGCUUGGACCGCCCGGCAAGCGUGGCGGUAUAUAUGAUUACAUACCCCAAAGCGACAAUGGCUUGACUGUGUUUACUUCACGAUCGAGAGAAGUAGCGACAGCAGUUGCAGGGAGCGAUAUGAUCGUAUUGCCUGAAAUGACUGCAGAAGAGGCGUUAGAAUUCUUCGAAAAGGCCAUUUUUGACAAAACUCUGGCCCAGGAUAAAAUAACAACAGUCGAACUUGUCCGAGAACUUACACAUCUUCCGCUAGCUAUUGCACAGGCCGUCGCUUAUCUUAAUCAGAAUCAAAUGCCACUCAAGAAAUACCUAGCGCUUAUACGAAACACAAAUGAAGACACGGUUAGCCUAAUGAGCCGAGAGUUUCACGACAAUACGAGGUACCCGGAAUCGCGGAAUGCUGUGGCGUUAACCUGGCUUGUAUCAUUCGAUCAAAUCUGCCGGACCGACAGUCAUGCUGCACAACUACUUUCAUUCAUAUCGUGCAUCGAGUGGAAAGCUAUCCCUCAAUCCAUAUUGCCUGAGACACUGGUACAAGAAGAGAUGGAAAACGCCAUCGGUGUGCUCUGCGGAUACGCUUUCUUAACUCGGCGAGAAGAGGAAGAUAUGUUCGACAUGCAUCGUCUCGUACAUAUCGCCACACGAGUAUGGGUAAAAAAUGAGAAGCUUGAAAGACAGACCGAGGCUGGGGCCAUUCAGCACCUCGCAUCUAUUUUCCCAUGGAACUAUGAAGAAAACCGAUUAUUGUGGAGAGCAUAUUUGCCACACGCGCAACAUGCUCUAUACGUCAGUCAAGAGUAUAAGGACGCAGAACGUUUCGAACUGCUCGAGAAGAUGGGACAAUGUCUCUAUGAGGAUCGACGGUUUAAAGAAGCGAUUUCGACAUUAGAAGAGACAUAUCAGUGGAAAAAGCCACAGUUCCCUGAAGAGCACAACGAUCUACUCUGGACCGAGAUCAGACUCGCAAGCGCCUACCUUAGUGACCGGCGGAUCAAGAAGGCUACUGCGAUGUUGGAGCAUGUUGUUGCUAUAAGUAUGGAGACCGUCGCUGACGAUGAUUCUAUGCGGCUUCAUUCCGAGCACGAACUUGCAACAGCCUAUUGGAACAGCCAGCGACUAAGCGAAGCCAUCACGCUUUUUGAACGUGUCGUGACUAUACGAAAAAACUUACUUGCGGAAGAUGAUACCUAUAGGCUUACAUCUGAAAUGAUGCUCUCAGUUGCCUAUAUGGAUAAUGGGCAGGUAAAUAAAGCCAUCCCACGUCUCGAAUAUAUUGUGGCUAUACAGAGACGAACGUUAGCAGAAGAUCACAUGGGUCUGUUGUUAUCUGAGCACAACCUUGGAUGUGCUUAUUUGAAGGCAGAGCGGAUCAGCGAAGCUAUCGAAAUACUCGAGCAUGUUGUAACUAUACAGAAAACGAAGUUGGCAGAAGAUGAUGACUACCGAAUAGCAUCUGAGUCUCCCCUAGGAUAUGCUUAUUUAAGGGACGGCCGAAAUCGUGAAGCUGUUCAACUACUGGAGCAUGUUGUAUCUAUACAGAGGAAGACGCGUGAAGAAGCUGACCGACGCCGGUUAAUACCUGAGCGCGAACUUGGGCGGGCUUACAUGCAAGACAGGCGAACCACCGAAGCUAUUACGCUUCUUGAACAUGUGGUGGCUGUUGAGAAAGAACUGGAUGAUGUGAGCGACAAAAGCAAGGCUAAUUCUGAAUAUUGGCUUGCGAGGGCUUAUUUUCAAGAUCAGCGGAUCAAUGAAGCUAUUACGGUUUUUGAACAUGUUGUGGCUAUUGAGAAAGAACUGGAUGAUGUGAGCGAUAAAAACAAGGCUAAUUCUGAAUCUUGGCUUGCGAGGGCUUAUUUUCAAGAUCAGCGGAUCAAUGAAGCUAUUACGGUUUUUGAACAUGUGGUGGCUGUUCAGAAAGAACUGGAUAAUGUGAGCGAUAAAAACAAGGCUAAUUCUGAAUAUUGGCUUGCAAAGGCUUCUUUUCAAAAUCAGCGGAUCAAUGAGGCUAUUACGCUUCUUGAACAUAUUGUGGCUGUUAGGAAAGAACUGGAUAUAAGUGAUGAGGACAAGCUGUGGGCACAGGAAUUAUUGGAGCGAGCGUACAGCACGCGAUACCAGCAAUCUAUGGUCAGACUGUGGUGGAAGUUUAUGACCCCUGUCAGGUAGUGCUAUAUAUACCCGAUACAGUACCUAGGGUCGCCAUUGGAGUGUUUCGGAGCGGAAGAACGAAGCAAUUUCUGAGGGCGCAAUGAACGAUGGAUGAAUAAUAAUAACCCGAAUGUCUAUCUAGUUCUAUGAAUCUGCGACGAGGCGGGAGAUACGGUAGCAAUAUCGUUGCAAUUCCAACACGACGUGAAGACUGAGAACAGGAAACCAUCGAGCGACGU